CCUCGCAGGAAAAUAGUCGACUUCAUUCAGGGAGAGACCUCAAAGAGCAAUGGCGGCUGCCGCGAAUUCACUCUCCUACACUCCAUCACCAUUCACUAAAUCUCUGAAAUACCCAUCAAAACCAUUCUUAUCUAAACCCUGUGUGAACCUAAAACCCUCAUUCAAAAACCUCAGACUAACAGCAGUCGUAUCUGAAAAGACCACAACUCUGACUCCACCCAAGGCCUUCGAUCAUUGUUUCAGCAAAUCUGAUGAUGGGUUUUUGUAUUGUGAAGGUUUGAAAGUUCAGGAUGCUAUAGAUUCGGUGGAAAAGAGACCUUUUUAUCUAUACAGUAAGCCUCAGAUUACCAGAAAUGUUGAAGCAUAUAAACAAGCUUUGGAAGGUUUAGAUUCGAUUAUUGGGUAUGCAAUUAAAGCUAACAAUAACUUGAAGAUUAUUGAGCAUUUGAGGAAAUUGGGGUGCGGAGCUGUUCUGGUCAGUGGGAAUGAAUUGAGAUUGGCGCUCAAAGCUGGAUAUGAUCCCACCAAGUGCAUAUUUAAUGGGAAUGGGAAAUUGUUGGAAGAUUUGGUUCUUGCUGUCCAAGAGGGUGUAUUUGUGAAUGUGGAUAGUGAAUUUGAUUUGGAAAAUAUUGUGGCAGCUUCCAGGAUUGCGGGAAAGAAAGUUAAUGUAUUGCUUAGGAUCAAUCCUGAUGUUGAUCCUCAGGUUCAUGCUUAUGUUGCUACCGGAAACAAGAAUUCCAAAUUCGGUAUUAGAAAUGAAAAGCUUCAAUGGUUUCUAGAUGAAGUUAAAGCUCAUCCUGAUGAAUUAAACCUCGUGGGAGCUCAUUGCCAUCUUGGGUCUACCAUAACCAAGGUGGACAUAUUCAGAGAUGCCGCUCUCCUAAUGGUGAACUAUAUCGACCAGAUAAGAGCCGAAGGGUUUGAACUCAGCUACUUGAACAUUGGAGGUGGUCUGGGGAUAGAUUACUAUCAUGCUGGUGCUAUCCUUCCCACACCCAUGGAUCUCAUUAACACCGUUCGAGAGAUAGUUGUUUCCAGAGGUCUUAAGCUCAUUAUUGAACCUGGGAGAUCACUCAUUGCCAACACUUGUUGCCUUGUUAAUCGGGUCACUGGUGUUAAAACAAAUGGAACAAAAAACUUUAUUGUGAUCGAUGGCAGCAUGUCUGAACUUAUCAGGCCUAGCCUUUACGACGCUUAUCAACACAUUGAAUUGGUUUCCCCAUCUGAUGCUGAAAUUUCAACCUUUGAUGUGGUUGGCCCUGUUUGUGAGUCGGCAGAUUUCUUGGGGAAGAAUAGGGAACUUCCUACUCCAGCUAAGGGAACCGGAUUGGUUGUUCAUGAUGCUGGUGCAUACUGCAUGAGCAUGUCAUCUACUUACAACCUGAAAAUGAGACCACCUGAAUACUGGGUGGAAGAAGAUGGAUCUCUGGUGAAAAUCCGCCAUGGAGAGACUUUUGAUGAUCACUUAAGGUUCUUUGAAGGUUUGUGAUUGCAGUGUUUUGUGUAACUAGCAUUAGAACUUGUACUUUGUGCAAGGAGCGAUACUUUCUGCAAUGUGCCAAACGAAUCAGAAUGUUUCAUUUCUUCAGUGAGGAAUUUUAGGAAUUUUAAUAAGAGUUGUCAAGAGAUCUAAUAUUUUUAUAUGUUUUAUUUUAUUUACCCUGUUGAGUUCUCGCUUGAUGUAAAUGACAAAAAGCUAUCCAUCUGUUCUCUCAAACUUUUUGGUUGUUGGAUUAGCAAAAGUUGCUAGGGAAAGACAAUUUAUUGGCCGUCA